AUCAAAACGGUUUGAGUUGACUUAAAAAUUGUAAAAUUAAACCAGGAAAAAGUCAUGAAGAAUUUUGAACGAAAUAAUUUACUGCUGACUACAUUUUGUUGACCAUUUUAAAAUAAAAACAACAGCAGCAAACAUCCAUGUUAACCUAUCCUGCUGAAAUUAGUACGAAAUUGUACAAUCGAGUAAUUAUUUUGUGGCUAAAUGAAUUCAAAAUGAACAAUUUGAAGUGUCAUCCCGGUGCGCAUGAUUCGAAUACAUGCGCAUUUUCCACUAACGCCCUGGCGACUACUCGUACUGUUUUCGUAUGGAAAAUUCGCUGAAAAUAACAACAACAAAAUGCAUAGAAAUCGGUAGGAAUAUAGAGAAUCGAUGUGAGAAAUUUUUAUCCAAGUACUUGCAAGUUGAACGGCAACGACAGUGGUGUGUAGACUAAGAAGUAGAACACCCGUUAAAAGGUGUGUUGUGCGGAGGUUUUUCCCUACACACAACGGAUGUGCUAAAAAAAAAAACAAUUUUAUGUCACUAUGAUGGAUUAAAACGUGAAAAAGUGUAAAAAUGGAUGAUGAUGCCGUAUCGAGUCACCCGCACUUGAAUUGAGUCGCGAGAGUCUCGACGACCGGCUGAAUCGUGGAACCAUACAUAACAAUACCAAAAUGGCGGAUGGUGGACAUUCGUUUGGAAAGAAGACAUUUCAUAAGCCAACUUAUUGCCACCACUGUUCCGACUUAUUAUGGGGGCUGAUUGGUCAGGGAUAUAUUUGUGAAGUUUGUAAUUUCAUUGUACACGAAAGAUGUGUUACAAACGUCAUAACACCUUGUUCCGGAAUAGCCCCCUGUAUAAUCAAAAAUCCUGUAGCACACUGUUGGUCGGAACCGACUCAUCAUAAAAGAAAAUUUUGCACAGUUUGUCGUAAGCGAUUAGAUGAAACACCAGCAGUGCAUUGCAUGAUAUGUGAGUAUUUUGCUCAUGUUGAGUGUCAAGAUUUUGCGGUUCCAGAUUGUAAAGAGAAUGCCACGUACGUACCGGGGAAAGAGUUGUCAUCCGUAAAACAUCAACAUCAUUGGCGAGAAGGAAAUCUACCGCAAACGUCAAAGUGUGCAGCUUGCAAGAAAACAUGUUGGUCAUCAGAAUGUUUAACAGGAUAUCGUUGCGAAUGGUGUGGAAUGACAACGCAUGGAGGAUGUCGUGCCUACAUUACAAACGAAUGCACAUUCGGUGUAUUGCAACCUAUAUACUUACCACCGCACGCUGUAUCAAUUCCACGAACCGAAGUACCGAUGGAAGCCAUAAUUGGUGUACAAAUAAAAGCGAAAAGCACACCGUUACAGCGCGACUACUCUUGCCCGGAAUUACGGACCAUAGGUCUGUGUGAUGCAACUGAUAGUGAAUUGUCUAUACGUCAUCUGGCUUAUACAUCACCGGACGCCCGUGAUUGGUUUUUAUCACCAUACGAACGACGUAAACCUAGAAGAAAAAAUUUAUCAAACGAUGAAUCUUUGUUACUCGAACCACCCAACCGUGAUAUAGUUUUAGAUAAAAUUGUUUAUAAAAUUAGGGUAACAAAUUUAGAUGCUGACUCUCCACAGCAUUGGUCCGAAAAUAUUUCUCGGAAAAAUGAGCGACAAAAGUACCAUUCGGCCGUGAACCGGUUCAAAAGUGAUUCGGUUGCGCGGAGUAAGUCCUUUCAAGAGCAAGGCGUCAAACCGUUAAUGCGAAAUUCACGAUUCUUUGUUAAUCGGCACAAUCACUUCAGUGAUUAUAGCAUCGAUACGAUGUCGCAAAAUAUUGAAAUAACCAUACAGGAUGUGGACGGGACACCGGUCGAUAUUAACCGAGCUGCGUCAUCGUCAAAUUGUUCGACAUUUAAGUGUAGCCAAGAACGUGUUAAAAGUGGCCAUAUCUUAGGUCGGAUAUUUCGACGAAUGAGAAAAAUAUCUUUGGGUUGGCGAAAAUCACGAUGUAAAAUUCGAAGAGCUCGAAGUAUAUCGGAAGAAUUUAGCAGUGGUGAUACAGGACGCCUUCGCGAUGAAGAGUAUGGUUCCAAAGCAGAGUGUAGUAGUUCACAUUCAAGAGGUGAAUCGUCACACAAAUCUGAUAGCGUCAAAGAUAGCAAAAAGGAAAAAGAAAAAGAAGAAAGGGACGAAGAAACAAUUAAAGUGUUCGAUGGAAAUUAUUCGUUGAGAAGGAGAAUAUUUCGACCCGUAACCGUUCCGCGAACAUGUACCGUAGACCAAUUAUUAAGUGCAUCUUUACGAUCUCUUCACAUAACGAAAGAUCCCAAUAAGUUCUAUGUAACCGACCUGUAUGCUCCAGGUGGUGAGGAAGUUCGAUGUCAAGAUCCACAACCAGUUCUGAAUUUACAUCGCAUUGAAGGAAAACGCCCAGCGAUUUAUUUAAGGUUUCGUGAUAAGGAAAACGACAAAGGUUUCGUUCGUGUAUAUCCUGGUAAGCUGCAGCUUCAAAUUGACGAGCCUUUUGUCAAUGUUGGCGUUGACAACGAUACCACUGUUAGUGACUUAGUACGUGAUGCGCUGGACAAAUUCGGUCUUAAAGAUAACAAAGUUGAGGAUUAUAGAUGUUCCGAAGUACUUCUUGAUCGCGGUGUUACAGAACGUAUACUAUCAUGGAACGAACGGCCAUGGGAAAUAAUGAAACAAUUAGGAAAGGACUCCAUUAGGCAAAUGGAAUUAAUGAGAUUUUAUUUGCAACAUAAGCAAGAUCCUCAUGGACCAAACAUUGCUUUAUUUAUUGGAAAUUUGCCACAGGCACUGUCUCAGAGAAAUUAUGAAACGAUAAUAACCAAAUACAUAACCGAAGAGAACAAAUAUUCCAGCAUCGGACCUAUUUACUACGAAUAUGGGUCGGUGAUAAUAACGUUCGAAAAUGCGUCGAAAGCGGUUCGAGCAUUUUAUAGCCUGAGAGAAACUUUAGUCGAAGAAAAGAAGUUGCAAGUUUUACUUUUGCCAAAUAUCGAACCAAGUAUGGUACCCACUGGUGUUCAACCACUAUUAGUGUUUGUAAAUGUAAAGUCCGGUGGAUGCCAAGGUUUAGAGCUGAUAUCUAGUUUUCGAAAAUUGUUAAACCCUUAUCAAGUGUUUGACUUGGACAAUGGUGGACCGCUACCAGGGUAUGGAAAUUACAUUAUGCGACUCCGUUCGCCCAUUUUUAACGCUCAAAAUAUUUUGUCCAGGUUGUACGUGUUCCGGCACAUUCAGGAUUAUAAAAUUCUGGUAUGUGGUGGCGAUGGAACAAUCGGAUGGGUGCUACAAUGUUUGGAUAAUGUUGGUCAGGAUUCGGAAUGUUCCAGUCCACCAUGUGCGAUUGUACCGCUUGGAACCGGAAACGAUCUGGCACGUGUUCUUCGCUGGGGUCCUGGUUAUACCGGCGGCGAAGAUCCACUGAAUUUACUUAGAGAUGUCAUUGAUGCUGAAGAAAUUCGUCUGGACCGGUGGACGGUUGUAUUCCAUCCGGAGGAUAAGCCAGACGAUUCAGCGCAAAAAGCGCCUUCAAAUGCUACUGGUAAGAAGAAGAAGGUCCAUCAAGCACAGACAACACAACAGAACCAACAUCAAACAGCUGCAAUCACAUCUAACCCUCAAGUCACUGGUGCCACCCAGAGCGAAGACAAUUCCCAAAUGUUGGUGAUGAACAAUUAUUUUGGUAUUGGUAUCGAUGCAGAUUUAUGCUUAGAUUUUCAUAAUGCUCGCGAAGAAAAUCCAAACAAAUUCAAUUCGAGACUUCACAAUAAGGGAGUCUAUGUGAAAAUGGGCCUUAGAAAAAUGGUGGGCAGAAAAACGGUUAAAGAACUACACAAGGAAUUAAGACUUGAAGUGGACGGAAAAGUUGUGGACCUUCCACCCGUUGAAGGGAUAAUAAUAUUAAAUAUUUUAAGUUGGGGAUCCGGAGCCAAUCCAUGGGGUCCAGACAAAGAGGAUCAAUUUUCAACACCUAAUCAUUGGGAUGGUAUGUUGGAGGUUGUUGGAGUAUCGGGUGUUGUACAUUUAGGACAAAUUCAAUCUGGUCUCCGACAGGCAACGAGAAUUGCUCAGGGUGGUCACAUUAAAAUCCAUUCUCAUUCCGAUAUACCUGUACAAGUUGAUGGCGAACCGUGGAUACAACCACCCGGCGAUGUCGUCGUUUUCAAUUCUGCACUAAAGGCCACAAUGUUAAAAAAAUUAAAAGGCAAAAUGAAGCGACGAAAUACGGAGCCAACAAUGAACGUUGUCGCAUCUGGACCGCACAUGUCUUUAGCUGUAGCUCCAACGCACGAAAAUGAUGAGAUCGACAGCAACAACACGGAUUUCUGAAUUUGGUAUAACGAGCGAUUGAUUUAACGUGUUUGUUUUAUAAGACUAUGAUUGAUAUUUUGACAACAAGAAAAAAACCAGUGGGAAGUAACAAAACAAUAGAAAUUUAAUGACAAAAGUUUUUAAAGAAAAAUGUCACACUAGUUAGUUUUUGGUUUACGUAUAUUCAAAUUGAAUAAAACGCUAGAACGACAUUACAUUUCGGAAAAAUGAGAAAAAAAUCGACAAAUUUUGGUUCAUUUUUCAAAAAAACAAAUUAGAUUUUUACACUCGAAAAUUACAAUUUAAUUAAAAGCUUUCAAUUGAAGUAGUCUGCACUGCAAAAAGUGAUGAGUUAUGUGUGACUGUAGAAUGAUUUGACCUGUAGUCGGUAAUAUAUAAAAUACUUGUGACACGUAUAUGUUUCACAAGAAAAACGCACACAAUUACGGCAAACAAGGACUUAUACUGAGCCACACAAAUUAAUAACAGAAAAAUAUGUUGCAACAACUUAAAUUAAUCCAUCAUGCCCUCUAAAAAUGAUAAUGUGACCGCAAAACAUUUUUUAAACGAACGUGUAUACCUAACAUAAAUCCAUUGAUUGUAAAUUCGAACCGUACCGUUCCCUUCUUUAUCCACUUAUGCCGCAAUAAUCCAAUUGAUCGAUUAAACUUGAAAAAAUGCAGCAUUUCUUUGCAGACACACAUAACUUGUCACUGGACGUUCAAAAUGUCCUGCGCUCGAUAAAUAUUAUCCUAAGAAAAUAUCAAUCUCGGUAGCAUUUUAUGUUGUGUUUUUUUUUCGUUUCGUAUGCAUACUUGAAAGGAUUAUAAAACGUUAGACGUGACGAACAGAAGAGUUUAGUUGUACACAGUAGCGAACGUGCUCUAUAUAUCUACCGUUUCGAUAUUCCUAAACUUGUGGUUAAAUUUCAAGGUCAUACGUACAUCAAAAUAAAAAAAUGUGAAAAAACAGAUUUCUCUUCUUUUAAACAUAUUCUGUCACUUAAUGACACGUUUCAACCCCAAGGAAAAACCAAACAACAAAAAAUUGACUUUCGUAUCUUCGUAAACUUGGGUGGAUCCUUUCAUUAUAAACCAAGCACGUUUUAUAGUUGCUCUACAUUUAAAUAUUUGAUCAAAAAAGAUUCAUGCAAUGAAUCUUUUUCAAUAUUGAAUGUAAAAAAAUAAACGAAAUAAAUAAAUUAAAACAAAAAUAUGAUAACAUCAAUUAAAUGAAAAAGAAAAAGAAUGAAGUGAAAAUGAAAGUAAAAUAAAGGAAAUUAUGGAAAAGAACAUUAAAUAUAAAAAAUUGAAUUAAAGAAAAAAAACCGAAUCCUUCAAAGAAAAAGGUUAGAUCUUCCUCAAAACAAAAUAAAAAACUAAAUAAAUUAAAAAAAAGAGAAAAGUAAAGAGAAAACUGCAUUUUAUUACAGUUCAUUUAUAAAAAAAUUCAGAGUAAAAAGAAAAAGUACUUAAAUAUAGCAAAAAAAGAGUUAAGCAAGAAAUAAAAUUUACUAUAUUUAUUGUUACAUGUAUGAAUAUUAUAUUUGUUGUAUUUAUAAUAUUUAAUAGAAUUCUUUUUUAAUUUUGGUUAUUUUUAUGAAUGCAAUGUUCCGCAUUUGAUCACAUUCAUUAAAUUUAUUUAUUUUUCAUUAAAAAAAAACCAAAGCAGAAAUACAAACAGAAAGUUAUUAUAAAUAGCAUGCACACACUUACAGAAAAUUACAGAGAAAUAAAACUAUUAUGCCAUUCUUCGGUAAAAUAAAUAUUUAAAAAAAAUUAAAUUAAUAUUUGGUUGUAUUUACUAUAAUAUCUUACCGUACAAUUUUUUGUUUUGUUUUGUUAAUUUACAGUAAAAAAUAAUAAGAAAAUUAAUUAAUUUUUCGUAAUUUAAUGAACAAAUCCAAUAUUAUAAAAAGUGUACGCUUAAAAACUUAUUUAAUGUUUAUAAAUUAAAUUUAAUGAAAAAAAAACUUUUAUUUUAAAACAAAUUAUUCAAAAGUAAAAAAAAACAGUCAUUUUAAUUAUAUGACAAAGAGUAUAUAAAACAAGAUAUGAAGAAAAGUAUAUAUUUAAAUGAAAAGUAAUCAGUCUCAUUCGCGCAAUGUUUUAUUAAUUAUUAAAUGAAAAAAAAAACCAAACAAAAAGUGAUUUAUGUUGAAAAACAAAAUUAUAAAAAAAAUAAUUUUUAAUGAAAAUGAAAAAAUUUAAAGUUUUUAAUAAAGAAUUGUUUAGAGUAUUCUGUGAAAUUAAUAUUUGAUAUUUCAAUAAUUUUAUGUUUGAAUUUAUCCGAUUUUUCAGUUAAUAAAAAUAGUGGACCUCAUCUGUAUACAUACAACCAUUUUAAGUGCUCCAAAAAAUUAAUAACCAACAACGACAUUUCGUAGAUGUCAUGUUAAUUGAAUUUAAAUUUUUAGCGCACUUAUAGUGACAUAUUGACACAUCAUGCAAAGAAUAAUAACAUCACAACAUCUACAGAAUUGAUAACUAACAACCAACAUCUCUGUAAUCGAUGAUAUUUUCGUAUACCAUUGCCUAAUACUUUUCAAAAUGAACCGUACUUUUUCGAGGCCAAGAAAUUUCAUCCACUGAAAUCGUUCCUUCAGAAACGAACUGUACGUUCCAUAAAACUAAAUGACAUCGAUGACUACAUCAGAAGUUUGUUCCAUACCUAAAGCGAAUCGUCAUAAUUUCUGACGAUAAUUUCACAAUAUUUUCCAUAUUAUAUACGUACGGCAGUUAAUGACGUCUCAUUCGUAUUUUUGUAGGAAAUCGAAAUUGUCGUCAGAAAUGUUGCACUUUUUGCUGAAGACAGAACAGACAGAACCAUUUCUCAUCAAUUCUAUAUUUUAGGGAACAGGAUGAAUGUGUAGAAUCAACAACCGGGUUGAGAUGGACCAGGCUGAUGUUGGGUCUGUUGUACUCUAUCAUCUAUUAGUUUCUUAAUUGAAUUUUUCGUUUAUCACUAUCGCAUCCCUCUUUCUUCUGUAUUUACGAUGUACAUAAAUUUCUUUUGUUGGAGGAAAAAAAGAAAGAAAACUUUAACCAAAAAUUGUCUGUUUAAUCUGUUUUUAUGACUGAAAAAUUGUUUAAUAUCAAAUAUUUACGCAGUCAAACAGUAAUAUAAAUAAAUCGCAGAGGAAGAAAAGAAAAUGAUAACACAAAAAAUACUGAUUAAUAUUUGUAUGUAGAUGGUUUUGAGGUUAUGGACAGAGUUAACUUUUUAUACUUUCAACUUCAUAAAUCAAAAGAGAGAACAAAAAUGAAAGAAAAAAAUGGGAAAUAAAAGAUUUUUAACUUAAAUUACAACAUAUAUUUAACUAUUGUAUUUUUUAUUUUAGAGACAAAAACAAAAAUUAAUUUCUAUCUUUUUUAUUUUUCUAUAAAUGUAUGAUUGUAAACUGUAAUGCUAAUAUUACGUUUUGUAUGGUAUUUUACCAAAUAAUGUUUUAAUAAAAAUAAAGAAAAUAAAAAAACCAAAGAAGAAAAUUAUUUAACAAAAAAUAAAAUGAAAGAAAAAUUAUGAAAACAAUAAAGAAAAACGAAUUAAAAAGAAACCAAAGAAAUUUGUGAAAAGACUACAAAAAAAAAAUACGAGGACAAAAAGAGAAAACCUUAUACAAAACAAUUAGCGAGAACAAAAAAGAACAAAGGAACGAAAAUUGGAGAAAUCAUUUGUCAUGAAACUAUUCAUUUUCGAAGAGAGAAUAAUAAUAAAGAAGAAAACAAGCUAACCGAACAAUUUAUGCAUGAAGGAUAACUUGAUAAAUUAAAUGAUAAAAAAAUUGUAAUAAAAAAAAAACAAAAAUGGCAAGAUAAGUAAAUAUUGCAAAAAAGUAGAGUUGAAAAGCACUCAAAAAAAACAUAACCUUUUUAGUACCAACCACAGAACAUAAGAUAUUUUUAUCAGAAAUAAGUUGGAAAUAAAUUUAUUAAAAAAAUGAUAUGACAAAACGGGAAUACAUUACAAAAAAAAACUUGAAGGGAAAUAAAAUGAAGGAAAAAAAACAUAGGCCAAAAUAGAAUAUUCGUAUAUUUUUUUGAUUUUAUUUGUGAGAGGAAGAUGAAAUAAAAAAAAUAACAAGAAAAACAAGUAAAAACAUGAGAAUAUAAUAAAAAAAGUAAUAUUUUUUUGACAAAUUUUUAUCAUUACAACUCUACCUUAAAAUAUACACAAUACUGAAAAUAAAAAUAAAGAACAAAAAAAACGUAAGAGAAAUUGUAAAUAACACUGAUGAAAUAAAAAAAGAAAUAUUAUUUGUUAGACAACAAUGGAUUCAAUUCCGAAUUCUCUCGCAUAUAUUGUAACCGAUUCCUUAAACUAAAU